UGAUUCACACUCACUAAUCCCCGUCUUUUAUGCCCGCAGACACACCAUCGAUAACGAAGGUCCGGCCGUUAAUUUCGCCGACCGGAUUGCAAAUUACCACCCGCGGGCGGGUCGUGUUCAACAUCGUUCCGGUCAGUCAGCCCCUGACCGAGGUGGUGGCGGCAGCUGUUGCGUCCGGAACCAACGCCGCUGCCGGAGAGCUGAUGCCACCGUCCUACAUCAAUCUCAAGAGCUACCUUUCGCCGGAGUACGUCAACUGUCUGGGCAAGAAGCCCAACUUUUCCGAGUCGGAUGUGGAGAAGAUGUGGAUCUACUCGCUCGGUGUAACGCUGCAGAAAACUAUUUCAUCAUUUUCGGUCAACUAUCAUCAGCAUCAGCAAAAGCAGCAGCAACCGAGAACUGUAGUAGGUGGAAACGAUGCCGACAGAGGGCGUAGUGCCGGAUCAACGCCAACCGACGAAGACGGCUUAACCGCGCUGGACCACGUUAUCCUGGCCAUGUGCGAAGCGAACCUCUACAAGCGGGCCAGUCUCAUGUUUCUGCUGGAUAUCAUUUCCGACUACUGCAAGAACCAUCACCUCUACAAACCAUUCUCGCACAUGGUGAUCGAUCUGUUCAAGGAAGUCGUAGCGUCCGUCUCCACUAAAAUCGAAGUGAAGCAACCCAAGCAGAUGACAGAGUCUUACGAAGAGCAAAAAAGUGACACCGAUUCCGGUCGCAGCUCGGAUCACGGCGAACUGGAAGUGCAUCGCAGACGAGACGCCCAUCAACAGGUACCGCAGAACGCAGACAACUACGGCAUCACCAUCAGCGGUCACGACCUGGAGCAGGCGCGAUAUUUCGGUUCCACCGCAAACCUUCGGGUCAAGCGGGCCGAACCGGACGAUAACAAGUUCCGAUCCCUACCCCGGCCAACGGAUUCCAACAAGCUGGAACCGGUGCGAAACUACGCCACCAUCGGCUACUCGAAGAGCAUUCGAGCCGGAGCGGGCACGGAAGGAGAUCCCAAGAAGUUGCACGUGGUCCGCCGGAGACACAACGCCGAAGUGAUGCGCAAACGAAACGACGCCCGAAGGAAUACGAUCGAUGUGACGAUGGUGGAAGUGAAGAUGGCUGAGGUGCAGAAGCAGCAGCCCAUAGGACGACUACAGCGCAGCCACACUCGACUGGUCCCGUCCAAGUCGACAACCCAGCUGAACCUGAUCGACGGGGAGAAUGACUUCCAGCGGAAGAUCGACGAGAUGAGCUUCAACGCUACGUCGAUGCCAAAUCUCGGAGCCCCUCUGGUGUCGGUGCAGCACAUGAAUCCACUGUUCGUUGAAAACCGUAGAGAUGAUCUUUCUCAUGGACGAUCGCACAGCCGAGUCGAGUCCUUCGAGGAACACAGAAGCACUCCCCUGGAGACCAAUCAGGGACCGGAGUUCGUACGAAAUGCUUUCACUCCACCAAAGGUCAUUGAUCUCACCGAUUGUAAGACUCAGCACCGUCGAACUGUGACGAUCCUUCUCUUGAAUGGGACCAAAGUGAACGUCAUCUGCAAUCCCACGACCACCGUUGCCAAACAAGUCUUCGAGGCUAUUCUGAGAAUGGAGAAACUUUCGGAAAACUUCUUCCUUGGGCUGUGUGCAUUAAUCGGAGGUGACUUUGUCUUCCUUCCACAUGAUUUGAAAAUCUACAAGGUUGCUCCCCAAAUCUGGGUCAACACAUCGAAGAAAACGGCAACGCUUGGUGAAAACGUAGUCUUCACGCUCUAUCUGAGGUUAAAGUUCUUCCUGCCGACGUUACGAGGCGUUAGCUGUUCGGAAUCGCGGCACCUUCUGUACCUGCAGCUGCGCAAAAGCAUCCUGGAGCGGCAGAUUCUCUGCUCCGAAGACGACCUUAUUGCUUUAGGUGGACUCGCUCUACAGGUGGAAGUGGGAAGCUUUAAGGAGAAUAUGAAAUACACCGAGUACUUUACCAUUGCACAUUACCUACCGGAGGAGGUGUAUCGUAAGAAGAAGGAGCUGGCGAAAUAUCUGAGGAGUUCGCACUUUUGCAAACGCGGCUUGCAUCAGCUGGAGGCCGAGCACAAUUUCAUCCGUUAUGUGCAGGAAUUGAAGGAGUACGGACUGCAUCUCUACAGUGCAACGUGGACCACAGAGGAGAACAUCACGCUGGAAGUGUACGUAGCGAUAUCGUUGAGCGGAGUGGCCAUCUUCGAGCGGAAUCUGAAGUACAACCCGAAGGGAGCACACCAGCAGGAUUUCAACAGCGGCAAGAGCGCAUAUCAGAGGCAUCUGUAUGCGUUCUUCGACUGGCUGGAGAUUGAGAACAUUUGCUUCUCGAAGCACGUGUUCUGCGUGGUAGUGCGGAGGACCGAGAGCUUGAACCCGAAGGACAAGAGCCGGGUCAAGUACAAGCUGCGCAUGGAUGGAAGGAAGAGCUUCUUCGCGUUCAACCUCGCCUCCGAGCACCACAAGUUCUACAUGAAGCUGCGCAAUUCGUUCGUCUCGAUCAAGGCCCUGUCGAACGAACUGAACAUCCUCAUCUCGGAACCGACCCGCGUCGGUCCCAGCCCGGUUACCGUCGAUCCCUCCAAACCCCAACUGAACGUAGCCGAUGUGGACGAGAAGGCAGCGUUCGACGCUAAACACGUGGACAAGAUCGACAAACCGGUGAAGUCGACCGGACUUCGGGUGCGCAACCUCAAGAAGUCCAUGCUCAACGACAACCGGCUGGCGAAGCUGCGGCAGAAGUUCCUUAUCAAGCGAUCCAAGUCCUCGGUGGAAGGACCGGUGCCGGCUUUGAACCAGUCCGUGGAGAUAGCCAAUCAGCAGAAUCAGAACAAGGAGAACGAGAAUCCGGAUCCGGUUGGGACGAGCGGAGUCAGCAUGUCGCCGGACUGUUCACCGAAGACGCCGCACAGUGUCAACCGGAAUCGAGUCAAGAUGGGGACGAGGGUGUUCUCGGCACAGUUCUUGAACAAAUCGUACGAUAAUCUGUAUGAACAGGCGGGGAUCGGGAGUGGCGCACUGAGUGGGGCGAAUUCCAUUCAGAACCUGGCGAACAGUAGUUUCAACGAGGACGAUGAGAUGUUCGUGGGAUAUGAGAGAAAGACGGACCCGUUGAUGAUCGAGAGCAGCGUGGACGAUGCGAUGUCGAUGAAGAGCAGCAUGGGAUCGGUGUAUUUUAUGGAGAAGAUGGACAAGAAGUCGAUGGGUGCGAGUGAGGAGACGUUGUCGCCGAAGGCGUGUGUGAUACAAUCGAGCAUACGCAGUGAGAGCGGACACUUUGAGCUACCAAAUGAGACCAUCUCCGAUACGUUGCUGGAGAAGUUCGACAAUCUGAGCUGCAGUGCGGCGAUCAACGAUCGGAUAUUGACGUCGGUGGUGGUGGUCAAAGAUUUCAUCAAUCCAAAUGAGAAGCGGAGUCAGGCGGCAGAAGCUAGGGCGGGUUUGUUGGCUAGGAAGCGAUCGUUCCUGUCCAGGAGCCAGGAGUCGGUGCUGUUCAAGAAAGGUGGUGCACGGCUGAUGGCCUUUGGUGGAGAUGAUUUAAGUUCGGAUGGUGGAAUAGCAGACUGCGAGGGUAGCAAUGAGGACGGACAAGGAGCACGGUAUACAUUGGGCAUCAGCAUCGUUCAGGGGUCGGAUAACAAUGUCUACGUGAAAGACUUGGUGCCCAAUGGGCCGGGUGCGAGAGCCGGGGUUCGAAUUGGUGAUCAAAUCAUAGCUGUCGAUGGACGAUCACUUCUGAACCUUCCGUACAACGAGUCGCUGUCGAUCCUGCAAAACACGGGUCGAACCGUGGAAUUAGUCUUAUCGCAAAUCUACGUUCGGCCAGCGUUGAGCGCCAAUGCUCUCAAUAUCCACCAAUCCUCCAGCAGUAUCAACAAACUCUGCCAGGAAGACUUGUAUCCCACUAAGCUGGACGCUGUUCGAAUGGCUACGGCUUCCGUUGCCAAAUCAAACAGUCUGUACAUAAAAAAUGGUUCCCAAAACGGCCAACAGCACCCGAGAAGAAGUCCUGUAGUUAGCGGGAAGUCCUACGACGACAUUGGAAACCACUUUGAAGCGCUUCGAUCUUACUACCAGCAGCAGAAUCAAGCUCAACAGGAUGAUCGUAAGGUCAACAGCCAACAUCGUUACACCAAGAACGUUGCGGAUAUUUUACGCACCAGGAAUCGAGUCAACGAAAAUCAAAACUGUGCCCCACCGGGAAUGCUCUCCCCUUCCAAGAGUAUGCCCGAUCUGCCAAAAAUCCUCCAGGCCUACACUAAACCCACGUCAGUCAGUCCCACCUCGUCCAGCGGAUCGAACUCAUCUUCCUCGACCCUGUCGUAUGGCUCCAAUCGAUCGCAACCGAAGUCCCUUCCACCUCCGAAGACGAUGGGACUCUCCCGAAAGUACACCGGCCCCGUUCGAUUUCCGGUAACUCCGGCCAAAGACUGCAUGCGGACCAUUUCGGCUCAUCCGACGGGAAAGAUCCAGCUGUCCCUAUCCAACGCCUCCGAGGACGGUCAGGUCUUCAUCUAGGUUAGAACCUUUCUAAAAUCUUGAGCCAGUUUCUACUCCUGUUCAACUCUUUUGUGUGCGUAUUUCCUAGGCUUAGAAGACGAGAGUUUUGUGUAAUAGUAGACUCUAAGUAAAUUAGGUUUUGAGUGAUUAUGGCUGUUUGCGUUCGUUGAGCUUGUACAUGUACUCUUAGCACGCUGGUUUCGUCCAACCGCAACCCCUUAGCAAGUAGCUUCAGUUAAGUUAGUUAGUUCAAGUUUCAUUACCUUCGUUUGGUUUCCCUAUCGCUCUUGUUCAUACAAUCAUAGUUACGUAGCAACAUCCGCGGAAGCAAGUUUAUUAUUAAUUAAAAGUGGAAACUAUUCCCGUCAAUUGAAUCAUAA